AUGAGUGGCGUAAUCUUAUAUCAAGAGGCUCGGAAAAACCCCAGCCAGAAAGCAAGACCAGCUUGUUGAGGUUUCUCCAAAUCUUGAAUUAACAAUGGCGAUUCUUGCACUCCCAUUAAUCACUUCAAUUCUCAAACCCCACAAGACUCACUUCUCCUUUCUGCCUCUACCUAUCAUUCUCCAGAGGCGUUUCUUCUCUAAAUCUUCCACUGUCUCUGCAGUGUCCGCUUCUUCUUCUUUUUCUUCCGUCUCUCACAAUUCAGAGCAUCAAAAGAAAUCGUCCGUUCCAACUUUCCAACAAGCCAUUCAAAGGCUUCAGGAGUAUUGGGGUUCUGUAGGAUGUGCCGUGAUGCAAUGCAGCAAUACUGAGGUUGGAGCUGGGACUAUGAAUCCUCUAACAUAUUUAAGAGUUCUCGGACCAGAACCGUGGAAUGUUGCGUAUGUAGAGCCUAGUAUUCGUCCAGAUGAUAGUCGUUAUGGAGAAAAUCCAAAUCGGCUUCAAAGGCAUACCCAAUUUCAGGUGAUUUUAAAGCCUGAUCCAGGAAAUUCGCAGGACCUGUUCAUCCGUAGCUUGUCAGCGUUAGGUAUUGAUGUCAAUGCACAUGAUAUUCGCUUUGUUGAGGACAACUGGGAGAGCCCUGUGCUUGGUGCCUGGGGAUUGGGCUGGGAGGUUUGGAUGGAUGGAAUGGAAAUCACACAAUUCACCUACUUCCAGCAGGCUGGAAGUAUUCAGUUGAUGCCAGUGUCAGUUGAGAUCACUUAUGGGCUUGAGCGUAUCCUUAUGUCACUUCAGGGUGUUGAUCAUUUUAAAAAGAUUCAGUAUGCAGAUGGCAUUACAUAUGGAGAGCUUUUUCUGGAAAAUGAGAAGGAGAUGAGUGCGUAUUAUCUGGAGCAUGCUAGUGUUGACCAUAUACAAAAGCAUUUUGAUCUUUUUGAAGCAGAAGCUCGCCGUUUGCUUGAUCUAGGCCUUGCCAUACCUGCGUAUGAUCAGCUUUUGAAGACUUCUCAUGCUUUUAAUGUUUUAGACUCGAGAGGCUUUGUUGGGGUGACAGAACGUGCUCGUUACUUUGGGCGUAUGCGUAGUUUAGCUCGACAGUGCGCACAACUUUGGUUGAAGACAAGGGAGUCUCUUGGCCAUCCACUAGGUGUUGUUUCUCAUAGUGCUCACCUUGUUGUUCAAAGAGAAGUCUCGGAGGAAGCAACAGGAAAGGUUCCUUCAGAGCCACGAUUGUUUGUUCUUGAAAUUGGGACUGAGGAGUUGCCUCCAAAUGAUGUAUCAAGUGCAUGCAAGCAACUCAAGGAUCUGAUCGUUCAGUUACUGAACAAACAAAGGUUGCCUCAUGGGGAAGUACAAACACAUGGCACCCCACGUAGAUUAGUGGUUAGCGUUGAGAAGCUACACUCUAAGCAAGUGGAACAUGAGGUAGAGAUUCGUGGACCUCCUGUUUCUAAAGCUUAUGAUAAGGAAGGAAAUCCUACCAAGGCUGCUGAAGGUUUUUGUCGCAGAAAUAAUGUGCCUUUAGACUCCAUGUAUAGACGAGCUGAAGGGAUAACAGAAUAUGUCUAUGCUCGUUUAGUGGAGCCAGCACAUCUUGCGUUCGAGGUUUUGUCUGAAGAGCUACCUGGUAUAAUUGCCAGCAUAUCAUUCCCCAAGUCAAUGCGUUGGAACUCUGAUGUUGCAUUCAGCAGACCCAUUCGUUGGAUUUUGGCCCUUCAUGGAGGUGUAGUUCUUCCCUUUAUGUAUGCUGGAGUUGUAAGUGGAAAUGUAUCUCAUGGUCUACGCAAUACUCCAUCUGCUACAGUUAAGAUAUUGGAUGCAGAAACCUAUGCAAAUGUAAUGCAGGAUGCUGGGAUUCUUGCUGAUGUCGAGCAUCGCAAGAAAACAAUUACGAAGAACUCAAACGAUUUAGCAAAAAGUGUACGUGGACAUAUUGUUAUGAAGAGUGAUUUGCUGGAUGAGGUCGUGAAUCUUGUUGAGGCACCACUCCCUGUACUUGGAAAAUUCGAUGAGUCCUUCCUAGAGCUUCCAAAGGAACUACUUAUAAUGGUGAUGCAGAAGCAUCAGAAAUACUUCGCCAUGACUGAUGAGAAUGGGCUACUGUUGCCAUACUUUGUCACAGUUGCAAAUGGAUCAAUUGAUAAGAAGGUAGUUAGGAAAGGAAAUGAAGCUGUGCUAAGAGCUCGAUUUGAAGAUGCAAAAUUUUUCUAUGCAAUGGACACAAAUAGAAAAUUUUCUGAAUUCCGUACUCAACUGAAAGGGAUUCUUUUCCAUGAGAAGCUUGGGACUAUGCUAGACAAGAUGACACGAGUUCAGAAUUUGGCUAGUGAAGUUGGGUUGUCUCUUGGAUUAAGUGAAGACAAACUCAAAAUCAUCCAAGAUGCGGCCUCAUUAGCCAUGGCGGAUCUUGCAACUGCAGUUGUUGCAGAGUUUACUUCUCUCUCCGGGACAAUGGCACGCCACUAUGCACUUAGAGAUGGCUAUUCAAAGGAGCUGGUCGGUGAUUUAAUUGCUUUACUAGUACUACUGCAAAAGAAGCGGCUUCCAAAACACCUAGGAGAUGAGAUUGCAGAUGCAUUGUUUGAGAUCUCACUUCCACGAUUUUCUGGAGAUAUGCUCCCAAAAACUGAAGUUGGGUCUGUUUUAGCAAUUACUGACAGGCUUGAUAGCCUUGUUGGCUUAUUUGCUGCUGGCUGUCAGCCAAGCUCAAGUAAUGAUCCAUUUGGUCUGCGAAGGAUCUCCUACGGUCUUGUGCAACUCUUGGUUGAAAUUGACAGAAAUGUGGACUUACGACAGGCUUUAGAACUUGCUGCUGCAGUGCAACCCAUUGAAGUAGAUGUCAGGACAAUCAAUGAUGCACAUCAAUUUGUGACACGCAGACUAGAACAAUUUCUGAUGGACAAAGGUAUAAGCCCAGAAGUCGUUAGGUCUGUUCUUUCCGAGCGUGCAAGACGACCUGGUUUGGCUACUAAGUCGGUGUACAAAAUGGAUUCCUUGUCCAAAGGGGAGCUUUUGCCUAAGGUUGUUGAAGCAUAUUCACGUCCAACAAGAAUUGUUCGCGGGAAGGAUGCCAAUGUUGAUGCGGAGGUGGAUGAUCAAGCUUUAGAAACAAAUGAAGAGAAAGCUUUGUGGAGCACUUUCUUGUCACUAAGAAGUAAAAUCCAUCCAGACAUGGAAGUUGAUGAUUUUAUUGAAGCAUCAUCAGUACUUGUAGAACCGCUGGAGGAUUUUUUCAACAAGGUCUUUGUAAUGGUGGAAGACGAACGGGUCAGAACAAACCGGCUUGCACUGCUGAAGAAAAUAGCAGACUUGCCAAGGGGAAUAGUAGAUCUCUCAGUUUUACCGGGAUUUUGAAGUGUUGGCUUAGGUUGUGUCAUACUAUCAGCUGAGGCAUCAAAGAAGAACGAACAGCCAUUGCCCAUUAGCGGAGGAGAAAAUAGUAAGUGGGCUCAUUUUUUUUCGCGGAGGCAGCUAGGAAAAGGGAUACGACCACAACAGAGCAAACUAGAGGAUAAACUCUUACACAAAUCGCGUAACGAUGUCACAAUUUUUGACUGUUGUAUAAGUAUGUAACAAGUGAAUGAAUCAAAUGAACCAUCGCUUGUAUGUUCACAUUGCCUGAGGAAUGUAUCUUUUUGUUUUAAGUUAUUCAAAUAAAAAGUUCAUUUGCUUA